GGCUCCGCCCCCGCCCUCCGCGCGCUGCCGUCAAGCGCGGCGGUGUCGCGCGCGGGCGGGCUUUUCGCCGUGGGGGCAGCGGCAGCGGCAGCGAUGGCGGCGGAGGGGGAGGCGGUGUCGGCCGAGGCGGUGCUGCGGGAGCUGGGGCUCUUCGAGCUGCGCUGCGACGGGGACGACGUGCCCGACAAGCUGGUGGAGCUCUGCCUGGCCCACGGCCUGGGCCCCGUCGCCCUGGCCAACGAGCUGCUGGCCUUCGUCACCAGCAGGGACGCGGGCGCGCCGCUCACCGCCGACGGCCUCGCCGCCUUCGAGCACGAGGUCCUCGCCAAGCGCGGCAGGAAGCCCCCCCGGAGCACGGACAACCGCUGCGCCGGCCUCCGCGACCUCCACUCGCUCCGGGAGCUCCUUGACGAAGAUGAGGAAGAGGAGCUGCUGGACGCCUACGCGACGCCCUCCAAGGGCCCGCAGAAGCGCGGCGGCUCCAGCCCGGAGACCCCCCGGCCCAAGCGGACGCCCUCCGCCCGCAGCCCCUACGGCCUCCUCUCGCCCGGCAGCUUCUCCCCGAGCACCACCCCCGCGCAGCACUACGCCUCGCGCGGCGGCCGCGGCGACGUGGUGGCCUCGCUGGGCGCCCCGGGGGACCCCGGCGGCGGCGGCACCGGCACCGGCGGCAGCUGCGACCUCAAGCUCUUCACCCCGCCGGAGCGGAGCCUCACCAGGAGCUACAAGUUCAUGUUCCAGAAGGCGCUGGACGUCCGCGAAGUGCUGUCCUGGAGGAUCGAGGAGCUCGGCGAGGCGCUGCGGGAGCGCUACGGCCUGGAGGAGUUCGCCUCCGCCGGGCUCCCCGCGCAGGAGCCGGUGACGGUGCUGGGCCAGAUCGGCUGCGAUGGCAACGGGAAGCUGAACGCCAAGUCGGUGGUGCUGGAGGGCGACCGGGAGCGCUCCGCCGGCGCCCGCGUCCCCCUCGACCUCUCGGAGCUGCCGGAGUAUUCCCUCUUCCCGGGGCAGGUGGUGGCCGUGGAGGGGACAAACAGCACCGGGAGGCGGCUGGUGGCCUCGAAGCUCUACGAGGGAGUGCCGCUGCCCUUCUACGCGCCGCCGGAGCCGGAGCCAGGCGCGGCGCAGCGGCUGGUCCUGGCGGCCUGCGGCCCCUACACCACCUCCGACAGCCUGGCCUACGCCCCGCUCGCCGACCUCGUGGCCGUGGUCGCCCGCGACAAGCCCGACGUCUGCGUCCUGUUUGGGCCUUUCGUCGACGCCAAGCACGAGGAAGUGGAGAGCUGCCGGCUCCUGGGAUCCUUUGCCGACGUCUUCAAGCUCUGCGUGAGGACGAUAGUGGAGGGGACGAGAAGCGCCGGCUGCCAGCUGGUCUUCGUGCCGUCUCUGCGCGACGUCCACCACGACUACGUCUACCCGCAGCCGCCCUUCGCCUGCGCCGAGCUGCCCAAGGAGGACCGGCCGCGCGUGCACUUCGUGUCGGACCCCUGCACCCUCGAGAUCGGCGGCGCCGUCUUCGGCCUCACCUCCACCGACCUCCUCUUCCACAUGGGCGCCGAGGAGAUCAGCAGCUCCUCGGGCCUCUCCGACCGGCUCACGCGGAUCCUCAGGCACGUGCUGACGCAGAGGAGCUACUACCCGCUGUACCCGCCCGCCGAGGAGCUGAACGUGGACUACGAGAGCUUCUGGGGCCACGCGGCGCUGCCGGUGACGCCGGACGUCCUCGUCGUCCCCUCGGAGCUGCGCUACUUCGUCAAGGACGUCCUGGGCUGCGUGUGCGUCAACCCCGGCCGCCUGACCAAGGGCCGCGUCGGCGGUACCUACGGCCGCCUGUACGUGCGGCGGCGGCCGGCCGAGGGUCGCCGGGAGAAUCCGUGCGUGGCCGCGCAGGUGGUGCGGAUCUGAGGGACGAAGCCGCUCUCCGUGACCCUCCUCUUCCUCCCCUGCCGCUUUUGGGCUGCUUUCACCCGUUUUUGGGUCUGCGGGAUGAAAACGAGCGGAGGCGCCGCCGAGCCGCGUUGUCCCGUCGGAGGAGCAAAUCCAACGCUUCGGAUUUUCAUAUAAAAAGGAAAAAUGGCACCAAAA